AUGAUCCCGCCGCCGGGGCUGGCCGAGCAGGAGGACGACGAGCCGCGGCAGGAAGACCCGUCCACCCCAAGCCCCGCACUCAGCCCCCAUCCCAACCUGGAUCCCGCCGCCCAUCCCCAACCCAUCCCCAUCCCGGAAUCCCGCCUGCCCCCGCCGCCGUGCGCGGCCGCCCCCAGCGGGUCCCGCGGCCCGGGGGGCAGCCCCGAGGGGCCGCAGCCCCCGCGGGACCCCCGCACCAGCGACUGGUACCGCGUGAGCGACCGGCUGCCCUCCCGCGUCGACCAGCCCGCGCGCGUCCGCGGCUACCGGGAAACGGAGCCUCACCCCCUGUACCGGACCAGCAACCAGAGCUACGGCAGCAGGGCGCCCACCGUGCACGAGAUGCCGAGCUGCUACCGGGUCACCUCGCACGCGUUCACGGCGGCGCUGGCGCCGUGCGGCAUGUACCGAGACAACGGGCUCAACACCCGCCUGGACAGGAGCCGCGUCACGGGGCCCGGCAACUUCAUCACGGCCGCCGACCGCCUCGACUUCCAGCCCAGCUACAAGGCGAGCGGGCCCUCCUUCUGCUAGGGCAGCACGUCCCGGCGCCGCUGCUUCCCUGGGGAAAAGAGAUGGAAAAGAGCAAGUGAGUAAGCGUAAAAACCAAGCAAACAGCCCCAAAAGCGAGCGCCUGCACUCACCUUACCCUGAACGUGCUGCUGAGCCUUGUCUGAAGYGCUUGGACUGGCUCAGCAAGGUCUGCUAGAGCUAGGAGAGGCCUAAGCCCUGAGCUUCAAAUAUUGUUCCCGAGCUCUUGUCUUAAUAAAAAUGCUGGAAAAUGGAUUUUUUUUCCCUUAAAAGUAUGCCCUUGAGUAUAGAGGAAUAUUGUGACUGUUAAAGCAAAAGUGCUCAGCUCRCAGGCAGCACUUGCCUGUGCCUCUCUGCUCCAUGAAUGUUCCACGAGCAACUAUUAUAUGGGGAUGUUUUGUUGAUUCUCUAGUAAAGAUAAGCUGGGAAAACACCAAUUUUAGCUGCAACAACAGCUUCUGCAGUGCUAACAUUGCGUCUGUUGCAGGAAACCUGCAGCACUUGAGCAAUACUGAAAAUUUUGGCUGCUCUCACUGAGCAGAGGGACUGUCAGGACAUGGAUUCAUGUAGUACAGUAACCAGCAACAGAUUAACCAACAUCAUUCACAACAUUAGSAGUGUAAAUCAGGAUUUAAUCUGAAUUUUUCUCCUGAUUAGAGGAAAAAAAGA